AUGGUAUUUCGCUUCAUUUCCGGCUGUGCAGGCGGCACGCCCUUGGCGCUCGGUGGCGGAAAGAUUGCCGACUUGACUUCUCUGAAACAGCGCGCUUCGGCCAUGACGCUGUUCAGUCUAGGGCCGCUAACUGGACCGGUCCUCGGCCCGCUCAUCGGGGGUUUCGUCGCCGAGGCGAUUGGUUGGCGCUGGACGUUUUGGCUGCUUGCCAUUGUUGGCGGUGCCCUUGCAACUGCCGCCGCUGCCAUCAUGCGUGAGACGCAUCCCAAGGUCCUUCUGGAGCGAAAAGCUCAAUAUCUCCGUGCCUCUACCGGGAACCAAGACUUCGUGUCCAAGCUCGCCAGCACCGAUACAGCCAGCAGGAUCCUUACGCAGGCGUUAGUUCGCCCCAUCACGCUAUUGCUUCGCUCGCCAAUCCUCCUCGUCAUUUCUCUAUACGUGGCGCUGGUGUUUGGGUUGCUAUAUAUACUGUUCACCACGUUUAGCCCUGUCUUCGAGGGGAAAUAUGGCUUCACCACCUCCACGUCCGGCUUGGUAUACUUGGGGCUUGGGAUCGCACUGCUGUUCGACGUGCUUCUAUUUGGCGCGUUGAACAUGCGAGUCCAGGCAGCUGUUCUCAAGGCCAGUGGCUUGCCACGACCACAGCCUGAGCAUCGAUUGGUGCUCAUGAUCAUUCUCAGUCCCUUUGUCUCGCUGGGCAUGUUCAUGUACGGCUGGACAGUCCACUAUACAGUUCACUGGAUUGUCCCCGUGAUUGCCACUACAUUCAUCGGCUUCGGAGCGUUUUUCGUGGUUAUGCCCGCACAACUCUACAUUGUGGACCUCUUCGGCUCCGAGGCGGCGGCGUCUGCCCUCAGCGCCAGUUUGCUACUGCGUUAUGUGUCUGGAACGUUUCUGCCACUGGCCGCGCCAAAAAUGUAUGAAACGCUUGGCUAUGGAUGGGGCAAUACGCUGCUUGGGUUUCUGGCUCUGGCCUUUGUCCCUGCUCCAAUCCUCUUCUACAAAUACGGCGAAAGACUUCGUCGAAAGACCGUCUUCUUUUAA